AUGCUUCGCAUAGCAUCAAAGUUAUCAUCAGGAAUUUCUUCUUCUUCCACUGCACUCACCGCAAACCAAUUUCCCACGAGGCUCUCUCCCCUUCCCACUUCAUUGUUCCGAUCAUUCACCAAUGGCUUGGAAUUGGAGGCCAACAUGGUCGUCCCCGACGCCAUUAGUAUGAUCAACUACGCCAUGAAGCAAUGGAGGAAUGAAAGAUCACUUGGGGCGUUUCGUAUGGGUUUGGCCGUGUUGAAGCACUGCAUUAACAUGGAGUUAACCGAGGGCAAGGAUCCAACGCGCGAGAAUUCGAAGGGAAUGGCUAUGCUUGCUAUGUCCACGAUGUUGUAUGAAAGAGGAGAGUACACUGAAGCAGUAGAGAAGCUCGAGGAUGUUCAAGAAUUAACCAAUUCUUAUUUGGGAGUUAGAGUUGCUGCUCUUGAAACUCAGGCUGGGCUUUAUUUAGAGUUGAGGCAGGAUGAUUUGGCAGCAGCGGUGGCUGAUAAGUGCAUGAAGGUUGUGGAGAAUCAACAGCAAGCAAGAGAUUUUGAGGCUCAAUUCGUACGUGCUAAAGCACUGAAAGGGCUGAUUGAACUUGUCAAUGGCAAUGUUGACUCAGCUGAAGAUUUCUUCGACAAAUCACUAGGCGACAAGUAUUGUGAUGGUAUCUCCUCCUGUUCACAAAGUAAUUUAGCCAAUAUUUUUCGACUCCGGUUGAUGUUUGGAUUUGUAGGUACUGCUGGUCUAUCAUAUGCGGAAUUCCUACAUAAAAUACAGAACUACUCAAAGGCAAAAGAAGUUUACCGAAAUGUUGCACUUGGUGCUACUUAUGUUAAAAGGUCUGGCAAACCAUAUUUAGGAGCUGGCAACAUGAGUGUGGACGAAUUAAUUGUAGGAUCCAUGUGUGCUUCAGGACAGCUUGAAGCACUUAUGGGUAAUUUCUAUUAUGCAGAGAAUAGUUUGUCACAGGCAGUAAGUAGGGCAGAGGAAGCCUAUGGAGACUCUAAGCAUCCCACCCUGGGGGUUGCCUUAGCAAGCAUAGCUCUUAUGUAUAGACGUCGAGCAAUGCAGGAAUUUUCGAGUGCACUGUUGAUUCAAGAGGGCCUCUACCGAAAAGUGAUAGAUAUUUUGAAGGUUCCAUCAGUGGAAACUGAGAAUGAAGGUUCUGCCCCAUUAGUAGAUAGAAGUGAUAUAGCUGCUCUUGCAAGAGGUGCAUAUGCAGAAGUACUUAGUGUCCAAGAAAAUAGAAAGGAUGAAGGGGAGAAGAUGAAGAAAUUGGCGGAGUCUAUAUGGAAAAACCGCAAUAUGUCUCUGGCUGAUGCUCUCGACACAGACAAAAAUAUCAUAGAUUCUAGAAUUAGCAGGCUUUUAUAA